GUGGGUACCGCGGGGCCGCCAGGUGACAGCUAAUGGCGGCGGCCGCUCGAGCCGGCGAGCGGUGACGCGGGGCGCAGCCGGUAGCGCGGCGGGACCUCCCCGGGCGCAGCUCCCCUCGACGGCGGCUUCCCCGCGGCGGGCUCGGAGCGCCAUGGAGCGGCCGGCGGCGGCAGCAGCAGCGGCAGCAGCGGCGGCGGCGGGUAGUGAGGGCGGCGGGGCCCCGGGCCCGGGACCGGCGGGCGCUCGGAGAUCCACUCGGGUCGCCGGAGGCCCCUCCGCCGGCUCCCGGCAGCCCAGCGUGGAGACCCUGGACAGUCCUACAGGAUCUCAUGUUGAAUGGUGUAAACAGCUUAUAGCUGCCACAAUUUCUAGUCAGAUUUCAGGUUCAGUGACAUCAGAAAAUGUAUCCAGAGAUUACAAGGCUCUGAGGGAUGGAAAUAAGCUGGCACAGAUGGAAGAAGCGCCACUUGUUCCAGGAGAAUCAAUCAAGGCCAUUGUGAAGGACGUCAUGUACAUCUGCCCGUUCACGGGCGCCACGAGCGGGACGCUGACGGUGUCAGACUUCAAGAUGUACUUCAAAAAUGUAGAGAGGGAUCCGCAUUUCAUCCUGAACGUUCCCCUUGGAGUGAUCAGCAGAGUUGAGAAGAUCGGGGCGCAGAGCCACGGAGACAAUUCCUGUGGCAUAGAGAUCGUGUGCAAGGAUAUGAGGAACUUGAGACUGGCUUAUAAACAGGAAGAACAGAGUAAACUGGGGAUAUUUGAAAAUCUCAGCAAACACGCAUUUCCUCUUUCCACUGGGCAGACACUAUUUGCAUUCAACUAUAAAGAAAAAUUUCCAAUUAAUGGAUGGAAAGUUUAUGAUCCAGUAUCUGAAUAUAAGAGACAGGGCCUGCCAAAUGAGAGCUGGAAAAUAUCUAGAGUAAACAGCAAUUAUGAGCUGUGCGACACCUAUCCUGCCAUCAUUGUUGUGCCAACUAGUGUAAAAGAUGAUGACCUUUCAAAAGUGGCAGCCUUCCGAGCAAAAGGCAGAAUCCCUGUGUUGUCAUGGAUUCAUCCAGAAAGUCAGGCGACCAUUACCCGCUGCAGCCAGCCACUGGUGGGCCCCAAUGAUAAACGCUGCAAAGAAGAUGAAAAAUAUUUGCAGAUGAUAAUGGACGCCAAUGCGCAGUCACACAAGCUCACUGUCUUUGAUGCCCGCCAGAACAGCGUCGCUGACACCAACAAGGCGAAGGGUGGAGGAUAUGAAAGUGAGAGUGCGUACCCAAACGCGGAGCUGGUCUUCUUGGAGAUCCACAACAUUCAUGUGAUGCGGGAGUCUCUGCGCAAACUGAAGGAGAUCGUGUACCCGUCCAUCGACGAGGCCCGGUGGCUGUCCAACGUGGACGCCACGCACUGGCUGGAAUACAUAAGGAUGCUUCUCGCUGGUGCGGUGAGGAUAGCUGACAAGAUAGAGUCCAGGAAGAGCUCGGUGGUGGUGCACUGCAGCGACGGCUGGGACCGCACAGCCCAGCUGACGUCCCUGGCCAUGCUCAUGCUGGACAGCUACUACCGCACCAUUCAAGGCUUCGAGGUGCUCAUAGAAAAGGAGUGGAUCAGCUUUGGACAUAGGUUCGCUCUGCGAGUGGGCCACGGCAAUGACAACCAUGCAGAUGCUGACCGAUCCCCUAUAUUUCUUCAAUUUAUUGAUUGUGUUUGGCAAAUGACAAGACAGUUUCCUUCAGCCUUCGAGUUUAAUGAACUAUUCUUGAUUACAAUUUUGGAUCACCUUUAUAGCUGUCUCUUUGGGACUUUCUUGUGCAACUGUGAACAGCAGCGACUCAAAGAGGAUGUGUGUACGAAGACUGUAUCAUUGUGGUCUUACAUCAAUAGCCAGCUUGAUGAAUUUUCUAAUCCCUUCUUUGUGAAUUAUGAAAACCACGUCUUAUAUCCUGUCGGUAGCCUGAGUCAUUUGGAAUUAUGGGUAAACUAUUAUGUGCGAUGGAAUCCACGCAUGAGGCCUCAGAUGCCGAUCGACCAGAACCACAAGGAGCUGCUGGCCGUGCGCGCGGAGCUGCAGAAGAGGGUGGAAGACCUGCAGCGGGAGGUGGCCACCCGCGCCUCGUCCUCCUCCGAGCGGGGCUCCUCGCCGUCCCACUCGGUCACGCCUGUGCACACCUCGGUCUGACGGCGCCAGAGGCGCAGAGGGACCUGCCCAUGGGCCGUCGCUUGUGAUGUCUGUUAGGAUUAGGCCUGGUGCCCCCGCAUCUGAAGGGACUUCCAGCCCCUGACCCGUGUGGUCAGGGCAGCUCCCCCACUGUUGAUGCUUCGUGUGUUGUGAGCACUCCGUCUCCCUCCUGUCGGCCGUCUCACAGGCCGGCCGGCCCGUCCACCCCGGCACCGGCUUCCUCUCGAGCCCCGCGCCCCGCCCCUUGGCCAGAGAAGCCUGCGGAGACAGCCGCGUGCUGGGCCUACGGGGUCGCCCACAGCUUCCUGUAGCUCUGGGCUACCGUCGGGGAACUGUUCUGGAAUGAAGUAUGUGGUGGGGAGGCAGCCGAUGGCCUCUGUUCCGCACUUGUUUCCAUGCAGGGGGUCCGUGGCCCCAAUUUAGUGGCGCAUACAUAGAAGGUAUUUUUUAAUAAGAGAAACAUACCUUUAUUUUCCUAUGUCCUCUUAGGGUCAGAAUGGCCGCCCGAGCAGGCAUCUGCUUGAGCAGACUGCGAGGCACUCUUCAACCCUCGCUCGGGCCCGCCUGUCCAUGGUACACGGACGCGCGGCUUGCGGAUGGCUGCGUGAGUGGCAACGGCUUUUGUCCCCACCGCGCCUUGGUACUUGCCUCCUGAGGUGGCUGGGCCGUCGACGGCAUGACGGAGGGGAACCGAGGGUGCUGGCCUCCCUGAGGCACGCCUGUCCCCUCCUGGGCUGGCUGACGCCCCUGUCUGCCCUUUGCUGCCGCUGCCCACAACGCGGCGCCCCUGCUUCCCACGGCCUCCCGUAUGGGAAUCCCUCUGACGCCGUUUCCUCCUGCACGUCAGCAUUUUGAAGGAGCCAGCGCCCGGCUCCAGUCGCCAAAAGCACGACAGCCUGCCCCUCGGGCCUCUGCUCCUGCUUCCCCAGCUGGGCGCCCUGACUUGGAGCUCUGGGGCCCCCCUCUCUCCAGCCGGGCAUUCAUCUACACAGGGCCAUCCGCUGGCACGAGACCACCCCCUCCUGGAGGCACAGGGUCCACUUGGGGUUGGCACUUGCCGGGUCAGAGCCCAGGAAACUGCCUGGUGGUCAGCGCCUUACGGGGCCCGUGACCUCGUUCAGGGUUUUUACAGUCAGUUACUUAGAAUAGAUGUUUUUUUUAACUUGGAACCUUCUGAUUCUUACAAAGGUUUUUCUGGUAUAAUUCCGUAUUUAUUCAAGGUAAUUUGAUAACCUGAAAUCAAUUCUCCAUUUUUAUCACCUGGGGGAUUUGUUUGUACAUCAUCGUUUCAUCCUAGUUUGACUUAUGUUCCCAGCACAUGUGAAAGCUCCUGUCCGCAGGCGCCCCGGACGAGGCGUGCGCAGUGGGGCGCGGGGGCGGUCCCCACGCCCGUGCCCAGGUCUCACUCUGGCGGCCGCACUAGGCCCGUGGGCUUGAUCUUCUGCCAGAACCACCCCAGCAAAGCAGGCUCACUCUCACUGAGGUCCGCGCACGGGGGGCACCCCUAGAAACUGCGGCUCCGCUGGGCAGCAGCCGGCCAGACACCCUCUGUCCCCAGGGCAGACGACGUUUCUAAGCCAACCUGAAGUCUAGUUGUGACCCAAGCAAUUCCUGUCCUGUCUGUAAGUGUCCUAGAGCGUCAGCCCUUCACGGUUUUUAAAAACUGGUACAAUAUUGUAUUUGCUGCAUCUGAUGCACCAUAUUUCAACCUGGAAUUAAAAUGUUUGCUCCGAAGUCUGUUUCUUGUCUCUA